AUAUUACGUUCAAUCAGGUCCCAGGGGACAGGACGUGAAAAUACAUAGUUAUUAGUUUUACUCUGGUUUCACGUCGGACUUGAAAAUAUCAAAUAGCCACUAAUAUAAAUAUUGGUGUGUGCAUUUUCAUUUGUUUUGAAACGGUGCAGCAUAAUGCCAGCUUAUCAUUCUAGUAUAAAAGAUUUCCAGCAACUAACUGGAAAUAUGGCAAUACUACCAAUUAAGUCUCAAUACAAAGGUCCUGCACCUUUGCUCAGCCCUACAGUUGCAGAAAUGGAUAUAAUAGACGAAUCAUUAUCUUUUUUUAAAGCAAAUGUCUUUUUUAGAUCCUACGAAGUUAAGAGUGAAACUGAUCGUGUUGUGAUUUACAUUACUUUAUACAUAACUGAGUGUUUAAAAAAACUUCAGAAAUGUCAAAGUAAAGAUCAAGGAAUGUCUGAAAUGUAUUCAUUGGCACUGUACAGAUUUGAUAUACCUGGAGAGGCUGGAUUUCCAUUAAACUCAGUUUAUGCAAAACCAUCAUCUACUGGUGAAGCAGAUGUUAUGCGUCAAUAUUUGGAACAAUUACGAAAAGAAACUGGCCGAAGAGUUUGCGAAAAAGUAUUUUCAACUGAUGAUGGCAAGCCAUCUAAAUGGUGGUUAUGUUUUGCUCGUAAGAAGUUUAUGGAAAAAUCCUUGCUUGCCCCAGGUCAAUAAUCUACUCAAAAAUUAACAAGAACUCACAUUAAAAUGUUUUAUUGGUUGAGCAAACUAUUGAUACAUAUUUUAUUUUUGUAUUAAUGUCUGCUUUUUAUUUUUAAUUAUUUAUAUUUUCUAUUAUUAAAACAUUAUUUUUUAUUUAUUUAUUAUUUUAUAAUAUAGUAAUUAUUCAAAUAUUUAAUAAAUACUUUUUAAUAUAAAAAAUAUUAAUCUUCACAUUAA